GAAAGUUGCCACCUCCAGCAGGCGACGGGUUGGGCCGGAACUUACAGCUUUGACUUCGCGCCAUUGAGCUUUCGUAUCUAGUAAACGUAGAAAACCAUAACUAACAAAAAUGCCUCCCCCGCCCGACAUCACGCCAGCCGAGCUACAGACGGAAAUCGACCGUCUUGGGUUCGGGACUUCGCAGAUUCUCAUGAUCGUCUUGUGUGGCGGAAUCAUGUUUGCGGAAGGCAGCGAGAUGCUGGUAUACAAUCAACAUCAUGAUGGUGCAUGAAUUGGACUUGCAAGCAUCGGAGCUUGAUUUAUUUGUCGUGCGGAGCAAAACCCAUAAGCACACGACACGCGCGUACAGUAGUAUGCAACACAAGAUCAUCCUUACUGACACCAACCACGGCAACGAAACUUCACAGGUCAUGGGCUCCAUCACGACUUUGCUCCACGGUCAUUGGGAUCUCACGCCGAUUCUCCGCGGUACCAUGGUCUCCAUCGUCUUCGUGGGCUUCUGCGUCGGAAAUCUCCUCAGCGGCACCAUCGGAGAUAGAUACGGGCGCAGACGGAGCAUUCUCCUGUCCUACCUCAUGAUCGGGAUUUUCGGGUUGGCCACGGCGUACGCUGUGAAUGCCACCAGCAUGAUUUUCCUGCGCUUCCUCGUUGGCGUCGGCUGCGGGAUUGGGUUCCCUUAUUCACUGCCAAAAUGUCCGGGUCUGGAAGAGUAGAGCGCAUGUUUGUCAUGCUUGUCUGGCAUGACUCUUAAAUCUGUCAAGCACGUUUACCCAAGAGCCCCAUUUUUCUGCUAUGCAGAAACGCAGGCUGUCACGCAGAGUAGGCAACACCUGCUAGUGCUAGAAGCUCAGAAACUUGUCAUGCUGAGCCAGCACUUGUGGCCUGCUCAUGGUACGCCAUCCAGCAUCACAAGUUCCCAGACCCAGACGUAUUUGCAGUGCAUAUCCCUUCCGUCUACACGAUGAUCCCGGAGGUUUGUCCGAUGAAGAUACGGUCCGGAGCGAACACACUGAUGAUCGGGGUCAUGCCCCUAGGGUAUGCAGGAAAAAAACUGUGUAAGUGUAACUCUGUAAUGCAGAACAUGCAACAGAGUUACACGUGUCAUGCCAGACAGCCAUGAAGUCCUCUUUUCCUAUGUGUUUUCCCUUACAAGCCACGCAUGACAGGUUUUCUCUGUCAUGUAGAGCAAAUUUGUAAUGCUGUCAACCAAAGAAAGUUACACUAACACAGUUUUUUUCUUGGAUAUAGGGGAGCUGUUCGCCAGUAUCGGGGUCUGGCUCAUCGACCCGAAUUUGAACCAGUCCCAGAAAUACUGUGAUAUUUUCGGGAAGAACGACACUCCAGAAGACAUCGCGAAGCUGCUGGUCAGGAGGGAUAAGAUUAAAACCACCAGCCAGGAUAAUGAUGCUAGUAUUCAAGCCACGGUCGUAGAUGAAAGCGCACAUCCGGCCGGUGAGCAGCCGUGGAGCAGGAGCAGGAGGACUUCGAGCCCGCAUGUUGGUCGUUUCGACUCACCUCCAUCCUUCGAGAAACAUCACUUGCCUUCGUCCACCUCGGGUGGUGGGGGUGGCACACCGCCGGCGCGUAAUCUUCCCAGCGACAAAUAUUCACGACCGACGAUGCCCGCAAAUAACAAACGAAUUGAAAUUCUUCCGGCGAGGUCGUCUUCGAAGUCGUCACCGGCGACAUCCUCCUCUUCGUCAUCGAAAAUCAGUAGCGAUGCCACCAGCUUCUUGCAGGUUGACGGGGAAGAGCAGGAUGGAGGGACACAACUACAUGCAGAAGUGCAUGCCAAAUCUACUACACAGCGGAUAGUACACGAACUACAACAGGCCAAAAAAGAACCACCAGCACUCCCGCACUUUCCGCAGAAUCCUUUGAGUGCAGAAGACAUCACGACUGCUGCUUCUCUUUAUGGAGGCGGGGCGUCGAGGAGGACAAGUAGCAGCUCAUCAACAUUGGAUCACUCUUCGUCUUCACCUUCCAUCUUCACUUCCCCCCUUGCAAAAGCCGUCUCCUUCCUGGCCGACUUGGUUCCGCCACUAGGCGGGUCUCGCGUUGCUGGCAUUGCCGCGAUAGGAACUACAACUACAUCAACUGCAGCAGCAGCUGCGAACCAGAAUCUUCUUCCGAUGUUGAGCAGUACUUCUUCUAGCAGUCGGCUGAACGCCGGCAUGUUUGAUGAAGACCCGAACCACAUUUCCUUCCUCAUGGACGGGAUCGCAAAUCCGUCUGUGCAGCUGCGGCACCCAACAGCUUCAGGCACUUCAGGUGAUGAUAAAAACCUUGUCUCCGCCGUCGCGCGGCACAGCAGCAACACGUACGCAAACGCGUUCACGACCGCCACCAGCCUCCAAGAGCAGGAAGAGAAAAUUUACAACCUCGUCGUGGCGAAAGAGGACUGCAGUUGGCGGAUGCUGUGCGAGUACUCCGCAAUUCCCGCGUUUUGCUUCUUCGUGCUCGCUUUGCUGUAUUUGGAGGAAUCACCGCACUACCUUCUGUCCAAACGCAAACACAGAGUUUUACAGCGGACCCUGGACCGGAUCGCGUGGCGAAACGGGAUUGAAAACGUGUCCGAUCAGAUGCGAAUGAAGUUGAAAGCCUUGAUCGACGACGACGAACUGGGAUCCCCAGCGGACGAUCUCGGUGAACACGAAAGUCCGGCGCCGAAGUACGCGUCGUGGGCCAACACGUUUCGGGUAAAUGUUGUUUUUUCCUAGCACAAUAUGAUCAUCAUGCAUGUGUUUGAUAAUGAUGCUGCUCAUAAUCAUGCACAUGCUCUAGUGACUUCGUGCAAUUUUGAAGUGUAGGCGUAGGCGAUUGGCUCAGCAUUGGGUCACCCAGCUGAAAGCAUCUCUACGACAUCAUCAAAUCAUACCAUACUAGAUCCUUGGCCAGCCUGCGUUUUUCGGCACGACGCUCUUCCUCUUCGUUUGCCACUUCACGAAAGAUUUCAGUGUGUUCGGCCUGUCCUACGUGUUCCCGCAGUUUUUCGCAUCCGUCAGCAGCUUUAUGUCCACGGCCGCGGAGCUUUUCUUCAUGUCCAUUCUCGGUCUGCCCGGGAUCCUUGCCGCGUUUUACCUGACAAGACACCCCACGAUCGGGCACCGUGCGAGCCUGCAAAUUUUCGCAAUCACCAGCGCCGCAAGCUCCAUUCUGAUGCUGGACGGCACCGGCGCGCCGCAGGGGGUGCAUAUCCUGUGCGCCUACCUGCUCAAGUGCUCCGCGCUGGGAUUUUUCCUAUUGACCGUCGUUCUCACCGCGGAAUCCUUCCCGGUAGCGAUUCGGAAUUCCGCCGUGGGGCUGUGUACCGCGGUGGGGCGAGCCGGGAGCAUUUCCGCGCCGGUGGUAUUUGAGGUAUUACACGAAGAGUCCGCGAACGGGAAGGGAGGGAAAUCCUAUGGCGCGCGCAAAGUUGCUUUUUGAAAAGUACUAGAAUUUUUUUUUUGCAAGCGCUUCAGUGCUCAAGCCUAGCUAAUAAAACUAGCUAAUUCUAAAUAUGCAUGAGAAGUUCAGCGCGAAAAAGUGCAAAAGCACGUCGGCGCCGAGAGGUAAGUAGGCUGGUACUCUUCGAGGCUCUGGUCUACGGAUCUGUCCAGGGCGGUCCCGUCGCCAAGCCUUGCUGAGGGUCUUCUACUCGGAGCUGUGGCUAGGUGUACGGUCCCAAAACGACGAAAACCGCGGGGAGCUUACCAACCUCCGAUACCUGGUUCCGAACAUCCAGCCAGAUCUUGACUCUGGCGCACGAUGGCGCUACCUACACUGCGACGGCGCAUUAGCUGUCGCACAUGGGGAAAAAACCUCUGCGAAUCUAUUUUGAAACUUCGCCCGAGUUUGCACCCCUCCGCAGAUGCCAACUGAUCGGCCUCUUCGGGAGGGGUAGUUACAUCGGGAUUGGCGAUUUUUUGGGGGGGGGUGUUUCGUAGGCCAUAUUGCCGGCCACUUCGAAGCCCCUUUGGGGGGCCUCGUGUUGGGGAAGGCCUGCGUGCCGGUUGCUCUUUUCGCUGCGGUCCACAACAGGUGGUCUCCGCACUUGCGUAUUGCGAAGUCAUUCGCAGACUCGUACUAGACGCUGAACAUCAUGAGAUGGUCGCUCUACUGUUUCAACCGGAGUAGAUGACUGCGCGCGCAACCAGAAACAUGUCCGCGCUCGCCACGACGUACCGAUAGCGUUGCGGACAGAUCCGUGGACCAGCCCCCCUUCGUGGAAGACGACUUUACUACCUCUGAAUUGGACACCUUGCUAUGCAUGCAAAACUCCAUCUAGUAUAAUUAGCUAACUCUGUCUAGUCUAAUAUAUUAGCUAGUUGCCGACGUGCCAUGCAAACAUUAAAAAAAAAAUUCUAGUACUUUUAAAAACGCAACUUUGCACGAAGAGUCCGCGAACGGGAAGGGAGGGAAGUCGUUUGACGGGUUUAUCGGGAUCGUCUGCGGCUAUCCAAGAAAAAAACAUUGUAGGUGUAACUUUUUUGGAGGAACAGCAUUACAAAUCUGUCUGGCAUGACAGCAAAAACCUGUCAUGCGCAGAUAGAGAUACUAAUCGAAAACGCCCGCUAGUGGACCCUACAAUGCAUGCCAAGCAUGACAGACGCAAUCAUCUUGCAUGUUCCGCAUCACAAAUUUACACUAACAACGUUUUUUUCUUGGAUAGCGGCUUAAUGAUCUUCAUUGCGACAACGGUGUUCAUGCUGCUACCAAGGGAAACGAAAGGAGCGCUGAUUUCCGAGAACGGGGAAAUCACGAUGACACAUUUAGUGGAUCACGGGGAUGACGUAACCCUAACCAGCGGUGGCACGAAUACCCUGGCGGGUGUCAAUGGAGCAAGCAACGCUGGAGUUACGACAAAGGAGCAGUGAACGCAGUUGCUUGAGAAGGCUCUUUUUGUUGAAACUUUUUCCGUAUAUUUACCUCCGUGCCGUAUAAAUAUUUACCUCCGCGCUCCUUCACUUGAUGGAUUCACUUUCGGAACACAAACGCAUUGACUCACAUUCAACAUUAUAUUUUCCGGAAUCAACAAGAAGCUCAAGCAAUCGCCUUCAUCGCCUUCGCCAUUCAAAAUGAUGAAGAAGCCGUAUGACUAUGAGCUACAGGAAGGCAAUGAAGACAAGGAGCAUCGAGCCUCGUGUCAACUACAUGUUGCUAGUUUAUAAUUCCCUAGUACCUCGAUAACGAUAUGAUAUGUAGAGGUGCCUUGGCGCGUUGUUGUAGCACGCUGACGAAGAUCCGCCUCCAUGAGAUCACUGGGUGUGUAUAUUUCGUGACGAUCAAAAGAAAAACUGAAGAUAGUCAUAGUGUGGAGUUGCCCGGUUCCUUAAACGUCUUACUUACACGAAGAGUCCGCGAACGGGAAGGGAGGGAAAAAAUCCUUUGACGGGUUUAUCGGGAUCGUCUGCGGCUUAAUGAUCUUCAUUGCGACAACGGUGUUCAUGCUGCUGCCGAGGGAGACGAAAGGAGCGUUGAUUUCAGAGGACGGGGAAAUCACGAUAACAGCGGAGAAUGGACGAGGACAACAUGUGGAGAACCACGGUGUUCUAGGCGGAGGUCCUCCGGGCAACGCUGCGGGUAAUUAUACCGAUAUGGCAGCAGCUACUACGAAGGAGCAAAUGCACUAGCACGGACAGUUUCAUCUCGUUUCCCUGGGGGAAUGCAAACAGAUGAUUUUUCCGUAAUUGCGCGGCCGUGAAGAAAGAAACCGCAGAACAGCUUGAGCGAGUAAAUAUGUUGUAUUUUCCAGCAAAGUCGAACAUACUGCAGCUGCGCGACAUUUUUGUCGAACAGAAACUUAGAUACACUGGAGCACAUUGUCAUUGAGGUGUCCAGGUGAGAUGCAUGUUGUGACAUCGUGG